AUGGAUGGAUGAAUGAAUGGAUGGAUGAAUGAAUGGAUGGAUGAAUGAAUGGAUGAAUGGAUGGAUGAAUGAAUCGAGAAGUCGGUCGAUAUCGAUUGGCACGAGAGAGCACAUGGAUGAUUAAUCGUAGAAAGUUAAAGUUCAGUAAGGUUUGAGUCAAGAGAGGACAAACGAAAUAAGGGUCGCAGCAUGAAAAGAUGUUUAAUUUUUGUGUUUAAUUUCUUUUGAGGAUAUCGUUUUUUCUAGUGUGCUUCCUAAUUCACUGGGUUGGCGUUGGAGAAAUGGGUAGGUGGCGUCGACUACCUCUUUUCAUCCAAUUCUCUAUUUAUUUGAAUAAACACACUCGAGUAUUGACUGACUCUAUUUGUUGUUAAUUUGCUAUUAUAUUUGCUAUUUUCUUCCCUUCUAGAUCGCUUCCUUUGAGAUAUCCCCUUACUCCUUUUUUGAGCUGGUGAGCUCACUCUCCUAUUUAUUCAUAGACACAACAUCGAAACCAUCAUCUGUCUCCGAUAUCCAUAUCUAUCUGACUUUACCAACUUCUAUUCAACACCCGGGAUAUAAGAGAAUCUUAUUCAUACAUACUUUCAUACCGACCGACCUAUCUACCUGCAUUUGCCAGGCCAGACAUACCGGUAUACACCCGCCCGGGAGGAAAAAUAGAUGAUCCGGAUAAAUUACCAGCUACUGCAAUCAACUGCACCACCCCCCCAAAUAUCACAUAACACAUAAACCACCGGGCAACCCAAGAGUCAGCCAGACGAAACGGUGCGGAUUUGGGUGCCUCAUAGAUGAUUCGACUCGAUCCUCUUGAUAUAUCAUUUAUUACCUAUCAAAUAUAUAUACAAUCCAUAUAUUUAUAUGUGUAUAUAUAUAUAUAUAUAUAGACCUAUAUAACUUCACCAAUCUUCCCUUUUCACUUCCUUUCACUUCGCUUCGCUGUUAAUUUUGGUCUUUUGGUCUUUUGGUUUUGGUCUUGGUCUUGGUCUUACGAAAAAAGAAUACGUACCUACAAGAAUCUUUUACAUACCUACGACCUAGGGAUAUCCUACCUGCAUAUUAUACAUCCAUCCAUCCCAACCUUCCAUAUAUCCAUAUAAAUAAAACCCUCCGAGUCCGAGGCAUUUUUUAUAGAAAAGGCGAAGAUUUCCAUUGCACCACUCAACACUCAACACUCACCACUCACCACUCACCAUCCACCAUCCACCACCCACCACUCACUAAGCUUGAACAUUCUUACUCAAUCAAACACUUCCCGACCUACGGAACGGAAACAACCUGGAAAGAUUAACCGCGGAAACUUAUUGGCUCAUCCCAAUUUUGGAAGGGGAAUUCAAAAAGAAGAGCCCUCGCUCCCGCAACGCGUCAAACGAAACGAAACGAAACCAAACGAUCCUCUCCCUCACAUCAACGUUCAACGUCCAACUUGCAUAUAUAUUACUUUAAGCCACCAACAAGUGCUGUUGAGCUUAUCGACCCUUUUUUUGAUUACUCUUACUAUUAUUAUUUUUUAUUUUUACCAUUCUUCCAACCCGUUUGGGUUUUCUGUACUAGACUUGAAGAAACGUUACGUUACGACUCGAUUUACUUUAUCUACAUAUAUAUUUAAAUAUUUUUUUUCUGAUUGUAUUUUGGGGGGGUACUUGACGUUACUAGAUCUCUUUACGCCUUUUUGCUUUACUCUGAGGUGAAAAGUGGUGGAAAAGGAAUUUUUUUUGUAUGCGAUAUUGUUUUUAUUGAUUAAGAGGGGAGAAGUGAAAAUCACUAGAUAUUGGAUCGGACGUCUCGUGUGAAUUUUUUUGAUAUCUUGGGAAUAUUUCGUACAGACGUGGAUACGUGUGAUAGCUAGCUAGCUAUCCAUCUAUCUAGGUAUCUAUCUGUAUAGAUAUAUAUCAAGAGGGAUCGGAGGAGGAAAGACAAAUUAUCAGAUUUUAAUUCAAGAUGGCGACGAGGAAUUCACAGAGAACUUAUCAUAUUGUGGUUUUGGGUGCUGGUGGUGUUGGCAAGAGUUGUCUAACCGCACAAUUUGUUCAGAACAUUUGGAUCGAAAGUUAUGACCCAACGAUUGAGGAUUCGUACCGCAAGGUUAUUGAGGUUGAUGGACGACAAUGCAUGUUGGAGAUAUUAGAUACCGCGGGUACGGAACAAUUCACCGCCAUGAGAGAACUCUACAUGAAAACCGGACAAGGAUUCCUCCUCGUCUUCAGUAUCACCUCGCAAAGCUCCCUCAAUGAACUCAGCGAACUUCGCGAAACCAUCAUACGUAUAAAAGAUGACGAAAAUGUCCCGAUAGUGAUUGUCGGGAAUAAAAGUGAUCUGGAACAAGAUCGGGUGGUCAGUAGACAGGCCGCUUUUAAUGUUAGUCAGAGUUGGGGGAAUGCGCCGUAUUAUGAGACGAGUGCCAGGAGGAGGGCAAAUGUAGACGAAGUCUUCAUCGAUCUCUGCAGGCAAAUCAUCCGUCGGGACAACAAUCGAUCGACGCCAGAAUUCGAUGAUGAAGUCAAUUCGCCGGUAGAGAAAAGACAUCAUCGGAUGAGACGGUUGGGGAGAUGUGUGAUAUUAUGAUUGUCUUUCCGGGAUGGGCGUCAACGGGUGGUUGUGGUAAUUUGAUGAUUGGCGUGUCUGGAAUGGAGGGGAUCGGUUGGGGGGUGUUGUAUCAUGGUAUUGUAUGUAUGUAUGUAUGUAUGAGUGGAUAUAGAAAGGAUGUGAAGAUGUGGGGAUUACGAACGGUUGAGGGAUAGAAAUUCUUAAGAUGGAGAAGUGAGUAGUGGAAGGAGGAAGGAGAAAAGUCUUUUUUUGAUGUAUAGAGUCUUGAAAUACAGAUGAGAUGUUGUUGUGAUGAUGAGAAGGAAGAUCUUUGGUGAUUGUUUUUCAAUUUUGCAUUUUUUGGAGCUUGAGGCUUGUGUGCUUAGGAAUGGGUUGGAGGAGGGGGGGAUACAUAUACUUGUACAUAUACUUGUACAUGUGUGCAUGUAUAUAUAUCCGACACCAGGAGUUCUAGGCGGAAAAU